AUGAAAACGUAUGGCCGACGAAGCAGAAAAAAGAACGCGCUUAAUGUGGCGCCUGUGAACCACCUGCACCGUAAAAACAAGUUUGUGGAAGACCUCCCGGACCAUGGAGAAGAAGACAGUCAGGCUGUUGAGCCCUGGGAUGAGCGUGAGACUCCGUAUGACGAUAGUCAGCCCCACAGCGAUCUAAACGACAGCCAAAUUCAAGGGGAGAGCAGCGACCAUGAGGCUAAUGAUCCUGACGGAGUUGAGAACCUCGAUCCCGAAUCAGAUCACGAAUCCGAAGCUGAGACUCAACCUGCUGACGACCACUUUCUUUUCAACACGAGAAUGCCCCCUAGCACGCAGCCUCGAAACUGGACGCGUAAACGUGCUGCCAUGGAGUCACCGUUACAAGAUCGUGGAAAGAAGGCGCGUCUGGUGGGGAAUUUGGGUGCUCCAGCUGCUCCUACCGCUCCUUCUAAGACUGUUCGAUUUGAAGGUCCUAUGAGCUCUUCACCCUUGGUUUUGUCUUCAGAGCUGUCACGACCCUCACCCAGCCAGGCUCCAAUCACUCCCAUCACCCCCGCUGACGUGACACAUCCUCCUUCAACCCCAGACAAGUACAUUGUUGGUGUGGUUCCGUCCACCACUCCUAACUACUCGCCCCUGACCAUGAAGUUUGAUGAUUCUGUGGACGGAGGAGUCGCCAGGAGACUAUUUGAGACGGAAAGUGGGAACAAAGAUAAAGAAAGAGGCGUGUUUGACGACAACAUGGGAUUACAAUAUCAUGAGAAGGAAGUGACAAAGGAUGCACAGGAGACACAUACGACAAGAGGACUAAAUGAUGAACCAGAGAACGGAUCACAACAUUCAAACAACACCGGCCAAAUAGUGGCCGACUCACAAUGGCAAGAUGAGGUGUUGUGUAGCGAUGAAGAGGAGGAGAGUGAAGACGUGCAGGUGGUGCCUAGCUCCUCCCAAGACCAGGAGAUAUUAGGAGGUCCUUUGUUUUCAAUAACAAGCCCGUCUUCAGGGAUUGCUUUUUCCUCUAUGCCUGCUCCUAGCUCUGCCUCUUCCCUGCAUCACUCUUUGGACCCCGAAGAAACAGUUGAUGAGACUCCCUCGGGUUUUAGAGACGUUUCUUUUGCCAAAUCGACCCAAGAAGAGUCUCAGUACGUGCCUGGAGAAACCCAGUACGGCCCGGGAGAGUCGUUAUACGAACCUGAAGGUGAUUCUGAUGAUUUCUCAGAGACUCAGAGGGCUGGAUACACACAAACGAAGGAUGAUAGCUGUGAAGAUGAUUCAGAAAAUGAAGAGAGUCAGAAAGAGUUGAUUCCACACGAAUCGAGUCAACACGGGCCAACUUCAGCCACCAGCACUGAUCACAUCAUCUCAGACUCACAGUAUUGUCCGAACGAUGAACUGCUGGAGGAUGUGGAUGAAACCAAUGAGGUUGAGACAAACGAUGAAUUGCAUAGAGAUGGACAAGGGUACGAUUGGUGUCAGUCACAGUCUACAACCAGGAGCCAGUCUCAGAGAAAUCGACCCAUCGAACUCUCUGAUGAUGAGCCUGCUGCUUCCAUGGACAUUUACCACGACGCUCAUGAGUCUCUUAGUGAUACUAGAGAUGAAGAGGACCUAGAAGCGCAGUCGAUUAGUGACGAUGACGAACAGCAUGAACUUGCCAACAAAAUGCCACACGGUACACAACAACCUGGAAAUCGAGGGGUACAGAUCAUCCCAGACUCGGAUGAUGACGAGUCUCCAGGGUACUCUCCCUUCAAGCAACCUACACAGCCACGACCUCAAUUCACCCUUCCGUCUGCAAGUCUGAAGAGAGUGAGACUUACAGAGUCACAGGAACCACAACCAAUCACAGAGUCUCAAUUGCUCAUGUCGGGGCUUUUUAUGGACUCUGCCCAUCCUCACCAUAACGAUGAUGAUGAAGAUGAUGUGGUCAUUCCAGUAAGACGACAAAACGAUAGCCUAGAUGAAGAUGAUUAUGUGUCAGACAGUCAGGAUGAAGGAGACGUAUUUCCUAGACCCAGUCUGAAACGUGAAGCAUUUGCUCAUCUGCCUCCUCUCCCAGCCAAACCCAGCAUUACUAGCAGUGAUAUGGAGACCCAGGCUUACAUUGGACACAGCAUCACCGACACGUUACUGGAGCCACUAUCGGAUCCCGAUAGUCUUACUCAAGAUGAGUAA